CUUGUGAGUGAUGCUUUUUAUGAAAGUACUGUUUAUUUACCUUCUAGCAAUUCUUCAAUAUAAGGAUUCUCUCUUAUGUUCUCCAGAACGCUUUUUAUGAUACUGUCGGAUUUAAGAUUGUGCAUCAAAUAUUUGUAACCUUUUGAAUUUCUUCGAUAUAAGGUUCCACUAUUAUGUUGUCGGGGGCGCUUUUUAUUAAAAUACUGUUGGAUUAGAAAUUGUGCAAUUGCACAUCAAUUUUAAAACAUUCUUUAUUUAUAUUCUCGUAAGCCAGUAUAGAAGAGGUUGAGUACAAUCCUCUUAAAUUCAUUAAACCUGGUUGCACUGAAAUGACAGUGAAUCUUAAGUAUGAAGAACUCUUUGCUGCUGAUGUUGGUCCUGAAAAUCCUUUUUUGACAGAUCAGCAAAAAGCUCCUAAAAACAUACUUUCAGGUUAUGUUGAAGCAGCUCACAUGAGCGAAUUUCAGUUUGAAAAUCAGCGAAAGACUUUCCAAAGUUAUGGUUAUGCUCUUGACCCUUCAAUUGAUAAUAUGGGUCGCACUGAAGAUAGUAUACCUGUCGUCGGAGCUGUAGAUGUUGCAAAAGAAACUAACCUGAAGACAGUUUUUGAAUCUACUUCAAAACGACCUCUUGACAAACGGAAAAGAAAUAAAAACGAUGAUCCGGCUGAUAUCAAUGGUUUCCUUGGCCCAUGGGGGUCCUACGUGGAUGAGAAAAAAGUAGUUAAACCUGACCCUGAAGUUGCUGCUGAACUUGAAGAAUAUCUUGCUAAGAGGCAAAAGCUUGGUAAAAAAGUUGAAGACAAACCUCUGGAGGAAAAGACAGUCCUUCACAUCAAAGAUCCAGUUGAUUACCAAGGCCGCAACUUCUUACAUCCUCCUCAGGAUGUUGGAGUCAACCUUAAGUCUGAUUCUCCUCCGGACAAAUGUUUUAUCCCGAAGUCAGAAAUACAUGUUUGGAAAGGACACACAAAAGGUAUUUCUGCUAUCCGUUGGUUCCCCAAAUAUGCUCAUCUUCUUCUCUCUUGCAGUAUGGAUUGUCGUGUCAAGUUGUGGGAGGUAUAUAAUGAAAGACGGUGUAUUAGAACCUAUUAUGGACACAGGCAAGCUGUUAGAGAUGUUUGUUUUAAUAACCGAGGAACAAAAUUCCUAUCAGCUGCUUACGACCGCUACAUAAAAUUAUGGGAUACAGAAACUGGAGAAUGCAUAUCACGAUUCACCAGCAGAAAAAUUCCCUAUUGCGUAAAGUUUAAUCCUGAUGAAGACAAACAAAACUUAUUUGUUGCUGGAACAUCCGACAAAAAGAUCAUAUGUUGGGACUUACGGUCUGGUGAAAUAGUUCAAGAAUAUGACCGCCAUUUGGGAGCUGUAAAUUCUAUUACUUUCGUCGAUGAAAAUAGGAGAUUUGUCACCACUUCUGAUGAUAAAAGCUUACGUGUUUGGGAAUGGGACAUCCCGGUUGACAUGAAGUAUAUAGCUGACCCAUCUAUGCACUCAAUGCCUGCCGUGACCCCAUCACCUAAUCAAAAAUGGCUCGCAUGCCAAAGCAUGGACAACAAGAUUGUGAUAUUCUCCGCUCUCAACAGGUUCAAACUGAAUAGAAAAAAGACAUUUACUGGGCAUAUGGUCGCUGGUUAUGCCUGUACUCUUGACUUCUCUCCAGAUAUGAGUUAUAUUGUGUCAGGUGAUGCUGAUGGAAAAGCUUAUGUAUGGGAUUGGAAAACGACAAAACUUUUCAAGAAAUGGAAGGCUCAUGAUCAUGUGUGCAUUGGUGUUCUGUGGCAUCCGCACGAACAUAGUAAAGUAGUGACAGCAGGCUGGGACGGUCUUAUUAAAUAUUGGGAUUAAAACUGCCUUCUCUAUGAUCAAUUUAAUUGACAUUUUGUAAUUUUUAUACAAAAUUGAACAGUAUAUAAUAUUCCCAUUAAUUUAUGUGUAAAUAGAUGUUGUUGAUGAUGACAGUUUAUUUUAUUAAUCUCAAAAAUUAUAUUAUACAGACAACUUUGUGUAUAUUCUGUUAAUAUAUUUUUUAAAUAUUUCUCUAUUUUGGUUAUAUUACCUACUGAUAAAUAAUCCUAUAAGAAAAUUUGUUAUAACAAUACUAUGUUAUAAUUUUGUUAAGUAAGAGGUUACUGAAUUAAAAAAAAAAAAAUGAAGUGUUCCAAAUUUUUAUGUAUCAAGUUAUUUAUAAUUUAAAUAAUUUUUUUUAUUUAAAAAAUAUAAAACAAAAGAAAGACCAAUGUAUUUAAAAUAAAAGCAUCUCAACAAAUACUAUAUAAUCAAUUAUUAAUGAAAAAUAUUAAAUUGUUUCUUUUUUAAAUAUUACAUCAAUACUUACAAUUAGUUUACAAAAAAUUAUUAUUUUCACAAUUGCUUCAUUAUUUAUGCCUAAGUAAAACCAUUUCUUUUUUAGAAUCUAUUUUAGAUUUUUUAAAAAUGGGAAAUUGGACAAAUAAGUACUCAAGUUCCAAUUAGAAAAAAACGAGAUUGAUAUGGAAGAAAGAAGUGAUAAAAAUUCUAUGUUCUGAUCAUCUGUUCCAGUGGUUGGAAGUUUCUUUGAUUACAUUGUAUAGUUUUUAAAAAUAUAUUUUUUUAAAAAAGUUGUCUCAACUUUUAUUGUAUAACUUUCUCCUAGAUAGCUCUUUCACAACUGA